AUGCAGUAUGUUUUUGGAGCAGUGACUAUUAUCAUUACCGCAUUCCUAUUGUGUGGGCUCUCUACCCAGAGUCUAGCUAACGGACAUUGGAGGAAAUCGAUCUUCUGCUUGCAGCCGAUUCUCCGUGGGUCUGGACUGCCGAAUAAAACUUCCAGGUCCUCAAGAUGGCCAAUGCACAGCGAGCCAGAGUAUGAUGCUGAGAAGGCGCUGGACACAGGUGAUCAGCCAGUGUCUAUCGAGAGGAAGAACCAGGGAUAGAUAUUGAAGGCCGUGGAACACGAAUGCUUGAGCUUACGGGCAGAGCCAAAUCAGAAGCGACGGCGUGCACUAACAAGGUACAGUAGCAUCAGGAUCAGGAUCAGGAUG